AUGAUUUCUAUUCCAGAUUUACGAGAGGCGUUGAAGAAUAGUCGGGAGAGUGUCUCUUCCUCGCCACCACCACCACCACAGCAGUUAGCAGCCAGCCGUGCGAAAGCUUCCGAGCCGCCACCUGACAAGAAGGCUAGCGUUGUGGUUGCGAGGGAUCCAGCCGAAGCGUUGAUCGACGAUCUAGACAAACAAGCCGAGGCUUUAAUCAACAAAGCGAGCGGUGCUGAGAAAUUGAGGGAGACGCAGCUGAUGUCGUUCUAUCGGAAGAGGUUAUUGGAUACAAUCAGGGAACUGAAUGCUAAAAGUGAAGCGCUUACAAAAGCGAAUGCAGACGUUGAGAAGUAUCGGUCGCGCUACAAAAAAAUUUGUGAAUUACUUCGAGAUGCUGAAGGUAUGUGA